CAGUCGGCGAUGAACAGUGCACAACCCUGUCGCGGCGUGUUUGGGCGACGAAAGCGCGUCAGCCGCAAGCCACACGCAAUGCGCGGUUUGUGCGCGAGUGAGACUAGCGCCACGUACUGAUGAUCCACGUCAUACAGCGCACAAAUCACUCACGCGAAGCGUCCAUCCAUGUUAUCCGGGCCGCCACAGCACGCCAUUAGCAAACCGGGCCCAAUCACGACAUGGAAUGAUUUCGGCGUGUUUUGUGUCCGGCACGGCGAGGUAUGAGGGAGGCAAACGAUGUUACGCGGCUGUGUAGUCGCUAUAAUAGUCGUCGCGAAGAACACGAUGGUUGGAAAUGUGCAGUAAUUUAUUUCGCAUUUGCCACAUUUUGCGCACCCACCAAAGCAAAUCAGUCGCAAGAGCUUGUCAACGUUCGUUCCUAUUUGCCGUCGGCCUUUCACACCACAAAGGCUUCAAUACUAACUCCUAAAUUAUCGUUUGCCAUGACCCCGAGUACCUGCACAAACCACUCUGAUGCUGUCCAUGCUAAGCGGUGUAAAGAGGACCCUGUCCAGCACCCCAAUAACGAGCUCAGCACAAUGGCGGAGGCCAUGAGGCGAGGUCCACUAGUGCAGCCCAAAGUGACGCAUUACCAUCUGCUGGCGCUCCUCUUCGGCGCAUUGCUGUAUACGCUUCGGAUGUUUGGGAUUUCGAUCUUUGGGCAGUCUCGGUUGUGGGGAGUGAUCCCUCUCGAGUGCAUAGUGUGGAGUCUCACAACCCUGGAGCUGAUGCUACGAGACACGAGACGACAACUGCGGGAGUGUGUUACGACCCGACAUGCGACCGCAUGCGCCUCUCACAUGCCCCCCACUUUUUCCUCCAAUCAUUCACCCUAUGAAGCGAUCCCCUACAAUCAUUCAUAGUAUAUAGGAAGCUACGCUUCACCAUAGUCAGUCUCUACCUAGCUCCCCAGCUAUCAAUACAAUAGUUAACGCUUAGAUUACUAUCUAUCGCACCAGAAUGUGACCAGCACCGCUCAAGUCUACGACACCCUAAUAUACUCAGUUCAUAAACCGACCUCAGAUCUACCUACCCUAUAGCUAGUCGGACCCGAACGUCACAGAGUGCCUUACAUAGAAGAAGAGAUAUUUUCGAGGGUUGGAUGAAAUAUAUCCACGCGACCUUAACAUGGAUAUUUUUGUCCCGAGCCAGAACAAUGGCUGUGAACCAUGCCGACGUCUGCACAGACACGCAACGGCUUGGUAUGG